AUCAGCGUGCAGCAGUGCGAAGCAGGAAGCGGUUGAAAGCGAGCAGCACCUGCAUGGAGAGGAUAUCGUAGUACUUAUUCGUAAUUGUUCUGAAAGACUGGAACCUUUGGACCUGCUGAUACACCUGUGAUACACCUGCGUGUCUGUCCUCGGGGCUGAUGAUGGACCCACCACACACAGACUUCUUCUACUGCUGCGGAGCCGCCACUGAGCUGCUCAGGUUUGGAUCCUGCCCCCUAACCUCUGCACACAAGGUGCUCUUCCUCAUCAUCCCAGGUAACCCAGGUGUGGUGGGCUUCUACAGGACCUUCAUGCAGACGCUCCACAGCAGGUGUGGCUACCAGCACCCGGUGUGGGCCGUAAGCCACGCCGGCCACUGCGCUCCUCCGGCCUCCAUGGACAUGAUCGAAGACGGCGCCUCAGCGGCGGAGGACGACGUGUUCGGUCUGGACGGGCAGGUCGAACAUAAGCUGGCUUUCCUCAGGAAUCACGUUCCCAGAGAAACCAGCCUGGUCCUGAUUGGUCACUCCAUCGGCUGCUACAUCAUUCUGGAGAUGAUGAAGAGAAAUCCUGAGAGGAAGGUCCUGAAGGCGCUGCUGCUGUUUCCCACCAUCGAGCGCAUGGCUCAGAGCCCUCAGGGGAAGGUCAUGACCCCCGUGCUGUGUCACAUGCGUUACGUGGUCUACCUGCCCCUCUUCCUGCUCUCGCUGCUGCCCGACAGGCUCAAAGUCGGCCUCAUCAGACUGAUGCUGGGGGGAAUCCGCUCUCUGGACCUCACUGUGGUGCAGCCCACCCUGGGUCUGCUCAGUGGAGACUCUGCAGCCAAUGCCAUGUACCUGGGCGGGCAGGAAAUGAGGAAAGUUCUAAAAAGAGAUGACACGACUAUCGGGAAACAUCUCGACAAGCUGAUAUUUUAUUACGGCGCGACCGACCACUGGUGCCCGGUGCACUAUUAUCACGACAUCAAGCGGGACUUUCCGCUCGGCGACUUCAAGCUGUGUGAAAACGGCUUCCGUCACGCCUUCGUGCUGGACGCCGGACGAGAAGUCGCCGAAAUGGUGUUUGAAUGGAUCCGUGAAGAUUUACGGAGCCGAGUUCCCGGUGACCAAAACACUUUAUUCGGUGCCUCAGCUGGACGUUUGUAACGAGACCACAGAGCCGAACCAGAGGUUCACGUUGUCUUUGUGUAAUAAGAUGUGCAGGCGUGGAAGCUGUACAAGUUUGUGCUCAGUGAAAACACUAAACACAGCAUCAGGCUUCAGGGGCCACAUGCUUCCAACUCUUAUAUCCUGGCUAAUCAUAUAAAAAUGUACAACGAUGGCAUGAGGGCGCUCAUCAUAGAGACCAAACAUUUAUUAAAGUUUAGAAAAUUUACAGUGAAAUUUCAAAGAAGUCCAGAUGAAGCCGCAGAUGUGAGGAACAGUAUUUUUAAUGCAUGUGAAAUAACUGCUGUAAUAUUAACUGUUGUUUAUAAUUGUGGGAAUAAAUGAAAACUUAAUUUAUUAAACACACA